AUGAACUGGACGGCCGCGACGUGCUGGGCUCUGCUGCUGGCCGCCACCUUCCUCUGCGACAUUGGCGCGGCCAAGGGCGGCCGUGGAGGGGCUCGCGGCAGCGCCCGGGGAGGGCUGCGCGGGGGCGCGCGCGGGACCCCACGGGUGCGCGUGAGGCCGGCGCCCCGCUACGCGGGCUCCUCCCUGCGCGUGGCUGCGGCCGGGGCGGCGGCGGGGGCGGCGGCCGGCCUGGCGGCGGGUUCCGGCUGGAGAAGGGCCCCGGGCCCCGGGGAGCGCGGCCUGGAGGACGACGAGGACGCGGCACCAGGCGGCAACCGGACGGGCCAAGGCGUCUACAGCUACCGGGCGUGGACUUCGGACGCGGGGCCCACCGGCGGCCCGCGCCUCUGCCUGCUGCUGGGCGGCGCCCUCGUUGCCCUGGGGCUGCUGAGGCCCUAGGCCUGGCCAGGCUCGGGGCCAGAUCCGGCCCCCAGCCCGCGCCCUCCCCGCAGGCCCCCCGCCCCGGAUCGGCCCCAGAGGCCGCCAGCGGCUGAGCGCCGCUUCCCACCGCUGCCGGCGGCCUCUGACCCACAGACGCUGCCUGGGGGAUUCCAGCCAGCCCGGGCAGGAGCCGCGGCCUCUCCUAUGGGUGCCCACUGACGCCCCCGGCCCACCGCCCGGCCCAGGUCCCUCCCCAGCCUCCCCAUCCUACCGAAGGACCAGGGCCCUUCAGUCCCAGGAUGCCCCGCCUACCGCCUGGAUGCCAGGGUCUCCCCCCAACCCCCUCCACCGUCAGAAAAGCAGGUGCCAUCCCGUGCUUCGGGUACCAUCCAGGCUGACGGCCCACCAUCUCUCCAGAGCUGCCCAAAGUGAUGUCCAAGACCAGGCUGCUCAGGCCAUUCUGGCCCCCCUGAGGACCCUGUGGCCUCCCCCACAGAAGCAGCCAGAAUGGACCAAAGGAUUUGAGGACUUGGGGGGAGAGGUUUCCCUCACAGGUUUUAGUGUGCCUACCACCUGUCCGGAAGAGGCCGUCUGCGGACUGGAGCCCAGGCGUGCCCAUCACUCUCUAGAGAAUCCCUGGAGCACCCCCUGCCACAGCAGCUGCCCCGGAGCCCGGCCAGCCCACCCUCAGGUCCAGAAGUGUGCCCCCUCACCAGGCAGACCCUCUCAAGGCCACUGCCAGGUGCCUCUUGGAGCCACUGUGCUCUAACUUGAAACAAGUCACUUAACUCUUCUUGGGACCUGUUUGGGAGGGGGGGGGGGGAGCGGGGGGGGGGGGGCACUGUCUAAGCUUCAGAACCUUUUCAUUUCCUUUGAGCUUUAGGCUCCCGUUCUGGAAUCGUGCCUGCUGGUACUCAGGGAUGGAGAGAGCUCCCCAGGACAGCCAGCUGUGGCUCCGGCAGGUCUGCAGCUGCUCCAGGAAGGUGAGGGCCAGGUGUGAACGGCGGAGGCGGGGUCUCAAGUCAGAACCAACAAACAGGCCACCAGCAGGUCCCUGGAGGCAGGCGCAGCAGCAAGUACGACCAGAUGCGGGCUGCUCUGGCUGAGCAGAAGGAAGCGUGCAGGAGGCUGACCCCCGCAACACCACGGCGGCCAUCCGGGCACCUGAGGGUGUUCUGAGGACAGAAGACACCCAGGGAAGUGUCUAAGGGUUUGCCUCUGGCACACAAACACCCGUCUGCAGACCAGCCCAUUGCUUCUCAGGUGCCCGGAAGCCCAUUUCCCUCCAGCCUCUGGCCUGGCUUGCAGUUCGUGAGCUCAGCCCUGGAGGCCUUGGCUCUGUACGCCCUCUGCCCCAUAUCCCACGGCAGGACAACGCCCCAGGCCUGGAUCCUCUGGAUCGCCCCCUCCGUCGUCGGUGCUCACUGAAAGCCUCACCUGCCGCUGGGCUGCCUCCCAGAAUCUGCCCUCACCCCCCAGACUAUGGGGCCUUUGGACUCAGCUGACAGAGGCCAGUGCCAAGACCAGCACCUCCGGGGGCCCUGCCACCUCUGCUCGCCCACAGCUGACACACAGGUCUGGUCAGGGUGAGGGUCACCAAGCUACCAGCGGAGCCCUGGACCAAGCAUUGUUCUCCAAAGACCAGGACACAGAUCCGCACUGCCAGCAUUCCUGGGGUACGAGCCCAGGUGCCUCUCCAUCCAUUCCAGACCAAAUUUGAUGCAACCAAAGACCAGCAGGCUGCGGCCAAGCCCUGCCCGGGGCCUCGGGCAGUGUGACCAUUCUGCCACCGUACUUGCAGGCAGCACAGGGAGACCCAUCAGGGCUGCACCUCGGGCCAACUCAGUUCUCCCUGCGGGGCCAGGAGCAUGGGCCCAGCCUCUGAGCCGCCCUCACAGGCUGCAGGGCACCACACACCAGCCUGACUCCCAGAGCCUGUCCCCAUCUGGCACAGUCACAUGCUAGAGUACUUCCUGCCCUACUGGUCAGGGUCCCAGCAGGAGGCAGAUGACACCCAGGGGGGGUAAUCUCAGAUUAGGAAGUGUGCGCCACCGUGGGCACCUUCAGGAGGGGAGGUGCCUGGCAGAGACUCCAACGCUCCAAGAAGGCCACACACACUGGACACAGAAGGAGCAGAGCUGCUCACCAGGCCCACCCCACCCCCUUUCCCUCCUCUGCCCUUUUCUGGAAUGCAGGCUGGCAGGUACAGGUCCCUGGGGAGAGUCCCACUGUCCAGUAGCUACAGUUUGCCACUCGGAAGUGGGGGGAAGCCACACCAGCGACCCUCCCAGCCUGCAUGCAGCUGGCAGUGAGCAGGGCAGCCCCCGGGGCACCGAGGGAGCAGACAGUUCUGGGGUUUGUUCACAGCUCCUUGGCACCUCUUGUCCACUUUGUGUGCACAUUUUCAUCGUGUCGUGAAAUAAACACUCCACUGGCAAA